UGACAGUCAGUCUGGCAUGAAGUGGCAGAAAAGGACCAGUAAAUAUGCAGAGAGCCAAUGAGGGAAAUGAGAACAGAAACACAGCACAGAAACAAAGGCCAUCUAAAGAAAAUGAAUAACAUGGGUGUUCAGACCGUGCUGGUCUUCCUGCUCCUCUUCAUGGCGACUGUGAAGUCUGACCCAGGAGUUCAAUUCUGGAGAGAAGACUUCACAAUGACCUGUCCAGGAAAGGGAACGUGGUUCUUCAAAGGAAAACAAAUACCAACUGAAACACCUGAAAGAUCUGAUACAUCUGAAACAUCUGAACCAUCUGAAACAUCGAAAACAUUUGAAUAUAAGCAACGAUAUAAUAGGGAUACGAAAGGCCUAUAUUACUGUACAUAUGGAUCAGAACCUGUUAAAUAUUAUUUCUACGUGCAAGGAAUGGUGUGUCCAAACUGUUUUGAGGUAGAUGCCACAUGGAUUGGGGCGGUUAUUGUUCUGGAUGUGGUCGGCACAGUGUUUGUGAUGAUGGCGAUCUACAGGUGCACCAAGAAAGAAAGCCCAGCUGGACCUACACACGCUUCCAAAGCACCUGGUCGUUCAGGAGGCCGGGGUCCACCUGUCCCAUCCCCUGACUAUGAGCUACUGAAUGUUCACACUCGCACCCAGGAUACUUACAGUUCUCUAUCGUGAACAGGACAGGAUAAUUGAAAGUCACCUAAACGCACCUGGUCGGGGUCCAUGGACGACAGCAAACAUUAAACACACACACACACACACACACACACACACACACACGAGGAAGCAUCAUGGUUCCACUAGCAUGAAAACACAGGCUUUUGGAUUUGAAGGGUUGCUCAUUUAACUCAAAAGGCUAAAAGACAAUUCCCUUGUUCACUUACCUUGUCAGAUACAAUAGCAUGGGCUUCCUUUCUCCAGGUGUUCUGAGAAUUUAUUUUGAAGCACUCAUUGUACUACUGACAGGGUGUUUAAUGGAUUAUUCAAAGCAACGAGGACAUUGUCUCCACCUGUUACUUACAACUGAUACUUCGAUACUUAUGCUGGAGGGUGUGGGAAAAGAUGACUGGAUCAGUGGAGUAGCUGAGCUAAUUGAAAUAUGAAAACUAUGAUUUGAUAAUGUACAAAUGGGUGACAAAGUAAAGGAAAAACCAACAUGAAGUGUCUUAGUAUGGUUGUGGACCACUAUGUGCCACCAGAACAGCUUCAGUACAGCUUGCCGUUGAUUCUACAAGUCUCUGGACUCUACUGGAGGGAUGAACACCAUCUAACACGAAGGUCCAAAAUCUCUCACAGGUGUUCAACUGGGUUGAGAAGACCACAGCCUUUAAUUCACAUCAUUUUCAUACUCACCAAACCAUCCAGUGACCCACUGCACCCUGCGGAUGGGGGCACUGUCAUCCUGGAGGAGUCCGCUCAUUUGUCCAGGUUUCUCCAUGAAUUUGUCACUUGUCUGUACAGCCACAUAUUAGUAUUAGGGGGGAAAGCAAACAUACAAAGAGGAUGACAAAUUGGUGCGAUGCCACUGUAAUCAACUAUAACACAAAGUGCUGCAACUGAAAGUGGAGAACAACAAGUACAGUAGUAACAACAUAUAAAGAGCCAAAAU